AAAUUGAAAGCGCGGGCUGACGCUCAUCAAUCUUCCCUUUCACUUCCAUCGAAUUUGCGUCGACCUUUAAACACCAGAAACAAACUCCCCCAAGAUUCAAACCUACGAUACCAAAGAGGGGGCAACAAUUUGAAGCUGCUACAAGUUUUGCACUCAAUCUCUUGCUUCUCCUCAAAACCAUAAGCUUUAAUUUUGCACUAAAACAACAAAUGAUAAAGGAAAGAAGGUUCCUUUGCUUCAAGAAAAACGAUCCCUUUCUUCUUUUCUAAACGGGAGAAAAAGUAAACAAGAGAAGUAGAUCAAUUGGUUUCUGGCUUUGGUCUGAUUGUUGAGUUCUAGUAUAUCCGAAUAUGGGGGAUCAUUUUGUAUUGCUAGUGGAUCGGUUGUUGACGGAAUCCACACUGGAAGCUGCAAUCGAAAGCCGAAACCGCUCUUUGCAGACCACUACAUUAGCAGUCAAUGACAAGAAAGUAUACGAUUCUUCUCCGAAGGUGGAUUUGUUGUCCCCAAGGAAAAUUGUGGAAUGCAGGAUAUGCCAAGAUGAGGAUGAAGAUGCUAACAUGGAGACCCCUUGUUCUUGCUGUGGCAGCUUGGAGUAUGCUCAUCGAAGAUGUGUGCAAAGAUGGUGCAACGAGAAGGGCAACACUACCUGUGAAAUAUGCCAUCAGCAAUUCAAGCCGGGCUAUACUGCACCACCUCCUUUGUUCCAAAUCGGCCGUUUUCCAAUGAAUUUGAGGGCAAACUGGGAGAUCUCUAGGAGGGAGUUAAACAAUUCUCGCUUUAUAGCAGUAGUAUCAAGUGAUCAUCAUUAUGAUGAGUAUUCAGUUUCGACUACAAGAAGCUCAAUAUGUUACCGAACAGUUGCAAUAGUGUUCAUGCUUCUUUUGGUUUUACGGCAUACUCUGCCUGUCAUACUUACGGGAACCAAUGACUACACUUUCCUGUUGUUCAUGCUGUUAUUACUUCCAACUGUUGGGAUUAUCCUGCCAAUCUAUGUCGUGAUGAAAGCAACGACUGCCCUCCGUCACCGCGGGCAACAGCGGGAGUCUCCAAAUCCAUUGUUUACCCAAUCAGAUGAAGAAAUUGAGCAGUCGGUCAUGCAAACUCAGCCUCACAUAGUCAACAUUCCUUGAAUGCCAACAGAUGCAGUAAAAACCAUUACAAGAAAUUGGUAGAUAUAUGAAUAUUGAUUUUUAUUACUGUACAGACCAACUCUGGGGAUGAUCCCAAUUGUAUAUAUCUGAAGAAAAUGUACAUUGAGGGAAAGAGAUACAAAGAAUGUACUUGUGUAUAUGAACCAUCGUACAAUGUAUAAAAGA